UGCUAUAGGCUUCGCUGCUGGCUUCAAGGUCGUCCGAGACCUGCGUGAGAUCUACUAUGCUAUCAAAGCUGCGAUGGAGCGCUUCCGCAAUGCCGCCGAGAUCUACACCGGCCUUGAAGCCAGCCUCUUGACUUGUCAAGAACAUGUUGGUCACAUUCUUGCCGCCUUUGCAGCGAUAGAGCCAAGCGAAAGCGAGAGGAAGAAAGUUACGAAGAUGCUCAAUGAUAUCCAUUCUAAGGCCGAAAAGUUCCAGGUGUGGAUCGAGAGGAAUAAAAUCAAGGAACAAGAUCCCCACAUAUUCAAAAAGAAAUUCCGUGCGGCGUUUGGAAAGAAGCUGAGGGAGAUCGAAGAGGCUAUCGAUAAAUUAUAUACCAAGAUGAAAUGGAUGGAUGACCGGGUAGCUAUCUUAUACCGGCGACUAACCCUGGAUAUAACAUCAAACGUCAAUGAAAGAGUGAAGAGGUUGGAGGAUAUGAUGGUGCGAAUCGAAGCGAACGUAGAACAGCUGGUGGUAUUGGGAGGCGGAGAGAUUGCCCUUCCACCGUAUCCCAGUGCAAGGGUCGAUGACUUGUGAAGUUUCUGAACCACAUACGUAGAAGCUGUGAUAGUCUCAU